AUGAGCAGGUCGUGUUGUCCAGAAAGUCACAUCGCUGGUCGAGACAUCGAGAGUUUUGAAGAGGGCGAGCUGCGGAGUCUUCUUCCGAGGCGAGUGACCAUGACGAAUUCGUUCGAGAAAAAGGCCCUCGGGUUCAAGACCGUCCAAGCGGAAACAGAAGUGUCGUCAAACGGCAGCACCCAGAAAGCCAAAGUUCCGUGGUACGCCUACAUCUGGGAUUACGAACCCAAUCGAUCCAAGGAAGAGCGUGCUUUCGUCCAGCGGCUCGACAUCAGCGUGCUGGUCAUUCUGUCGCUUGGAUACUUCAUCAAGAACCUGGACCAGACCAACAUCUCCAAUGCCUACGUCAGCGGGAUGAAAGAGGACCUGAAGAUGAAUGGCGACCAGCUCAAUUUGAUCGACGUAGCGUGGACAUGCGGGUAUGUGGUCGGCCAGAUCCCAUCGCAGAUAAUCUUGACGAAGGUGCGACCGAGCGUCUGGAUUCCGAGCUGUGAGUUGGUCUGGACGAUCUUGACAUUCUGCAUUGCUGCGACCAAGACCUCGAAUCAGGUCAUCGCGAUUCGAUUCUUCGUCGGUCUGGUGGAAUCCAUCUUCUAUCCAGCAGCGCACAUGAUACUCGGCUCGUGGUACAAGCCUUCCGAGUUGGCGAAGCGGGCAUGCAUCUUCCAUGCCUCUUCCGCCAUUGCCAGUAUGUUCAGCGGCUAUCUGCAAGCUGGUGUCUACAAGGGUCUGAAUGGAGUGCAGGGACUGGCCGGCUGGCAGUGGCUUUUCGUGAUGGACGGGAUCAUCAGUGCCCCAAUAGCGCUCGCUGGUCUUUUCCUCAUCCCGGACUUGCCAGAGAACUCCAAAGCAUUCUAUCUGCGGAAAGACCAGAUUGUUUUGGCCCAACAACGCAUGAUAGACAUCGGACGGGCGCCGAGAUCUAGGCUGGGAUGGUCGGCCUGGAAGCGCAUCUUUGGAAGAUGGCACGUGUACUUGCUGAUAGUCUUGUACAUCACCUUCAUCAACACUGUAAGUGAAAUGACGAACCCAUCUCAGUAUCCGCCGGUAGACUAAGAGGAAGCAGGGUCCAUCAAGCAGCGUGAAUCCAUUUUCGCUCUGGCUGAAGGCUGAGGGGUACUCUGUGUCGCUCAUCAACAUCAUCCCAACAACACAGUAUGCAGUGCAAGCCGUCUCGACGGUAUUAUUUGCAGUGUUCAGCGACUACUGGCGCAACAGGCCAGCGAUCAUGUCCGUUUCAACAUUCUGGGGCCUCGUCUGUGCCAUUAUACUCGCAAUCUGGAAUGUACCGAGCGGACUGAAGUGGUUUGCUUAUGAGAUGACGAGAGCGUCCGUUCCGUACGGGCCCAUAGCCAUGUCCUGGGCCAAGUGAGUUGUCAAGUAUCCCUCAUAUUGCACAUGUUGCUGACAGCUGCUGUAGUGAGAUCUGCGGCGAGGAUGCCGAGGAGCGGACGAUUGUUCUGGGACUGAUGAAUGCGUUCGGAUACGCUUUCAACGCAUGGCUUCCGGUGUUGACAUAUCCCACUACCGAUUCUCCUCGGUUUAGAAAGGGUUUUGUGUUCACGUCCAUCGCUUUCCUCGCACAGUUCGCGAUAACGUGGUUGGUGUGGUGGUUCCGAAGGCGCGAGUUGAGGCAGAAGCCAGCAGAAGCCAUCCACCAGGACAACGCACACCAGGACACGGUAGAUGAGCCAUCAGCGACGGCUUGA